AUAUAAGCGUGCAUUCGUGAAAGUCAGACGUGUUUUUGAAUUUUUCUACUGUUCUGACAUACCAGAGAGCGCGACAACACUUUUGUAUUAUUAUUCAUUCAUUGCCAGUGUGUGCAUGCAGUAACGUACAUCACACAAUUGAAACGCAAGUGGACAGAAGAAGAGAGUGAAUUAUUCAAGUAGUUUCACAACUAGGCGUGGGUUUGUUCAGAUCUGUUCAAUUUAACAGCGGACGUGGUGCGUUCGAAAAUUGGUUAAUUUAAGUGCUAAACCAGUAGUAUUUUACUGAAUUUUAUCUCUGUGAUUGAGCUCUGAAUAAUUGUGGUGUUUUAAGUUGUUUGUGAUUCGUAACAUUGACGAAAUAGUCAAUUUUUGAGUUCCCACCAGGAAGCGCAGAGGCAACCGAAGUAGUAAAUAUCAUCGGUAAAAAGAAGAAGGAAUAUUUUUGUGGUCUCUUAGGUGGCGUGUUUGUUAGUGUUUGUGUGGCAAAGUAGUACAAAAUGUCUCAAAAAUCCAAAAGAUCCGGUGUUUCAACCCCUAUUCCGGUAACCGCCAGUACACCAGUACAAGGAGGAACGCAUAGUGGGCGACCGGCCAGUCCACUGAGUCCAACGCGAUUCAGUCGGCUACAAGAGAAAGCCGAUUUGCAGAACCUAAAUGACCGCUUGGCUUGCUAUAUCGAUCGGGUGCGCUAUUUGGAGCAGGAGAAUUCACGUCUCACGCUCGAAGUUCGCACCUCACAAGAAACCGUCACCCGGGAAGUUUCCAACAUCAAGCAAAUGUACGAACACGAACUGACCGAUGCACGGAAGCUACUGGAUGAGACGGCCCGUGAGAAAGCUAAGCUCGAGAUUGACGCAAAGAGGAUAUGGGAGGAAAAUGACGAUCUUAAAAAAAGGCUAGAUCGUAAAACAAAAGAAGCAGCUGAUUACGAACGCAAUGCACGGGCCCAGGAAGCCCGAGCAAAUGAACUGGGCGGAAAGUAUAACACGGUCUUGUCGGAGCGUAAGAAGGCCCAAGAUGAGUUGAAAGAGCUCGAGAAGGAAAUCGGUCGUUUGAAGAAACAACUCGAAACACUGCGCAAGAAUCUAGAGGAGGAAACACUGGCCCGUGUAGAUCUGGAGAACACCGUACAAAGCCUACGGGAGGAGCUAACCUUCAAGGAUCAGGUGCAUCAGCAGGAGCUAACCGAAACCAAGUCUCGUCGGCAGGUGGAGAUAAGCGAAAUCGAUGGCAUUCUGUCCGAGCAGUACGAGGCUAAGUUGCAACAGACACUUCAGGAAUUACGCGAUCAAUACGAUAGUCAGUUGCGUGGCAAUCGCGAUGAAAUAUCCGAACUAUAUGAGUCCCGUAUGCGUGACCUGGAGACGCAGUUGAACAUUGAACGUCAACGUCACGCCGAAGAGAAGAGCAAGUUGAUGGACGAAAUUGAACGUUUGCGGAAAGAAAUUUCUCUGCAACUUCAGGAAUAUCAGGAUCUGAUGGAUAUCAAAAUUUCCCUUGAUAUGGAAAUUGCAGCGUACGAUAAAUUGCUCUCCUCGGAGGAGGUUCGGUUGAACAUCACACCUGGCAGUCAGAGUGCUGUCUUCCAGACGUCACAGAGUUCAAGCUCUAGCCGUUCCGGAGCGCUUCGUCGUACGCCACAGCGUGCCGGCGCAAAGCGCAAGAGAACAGUUCUAGAGGAAUCCGACGAACGCAGUGUAUCGGACUACUCGGUUACUUCCUCGGCCAAAGGAGACAUCGAGAUCUCCGAAGUAGAUCCCGAGGGAAAGUUCGUCAAAUUGCACAACAAGUCUGCUAAGGAAGUACAAAUUGGUGGUUGGACGCUUGUUCGUAAGGUUGGAACCAACGAAACCGUAUUUAAAUUCCACCGAACAUUGAAAGUUGAUGGUGGAUCCUUUGUAACGGUGUGGUCUUCGGAUUUGGGCCAAACGCAUGAACCACCGAGCACAAUCGUAAUGAAGGGACAGAAAUGGUUUGCUGGAGAUAAUAUGACGACCCAACUGCUGAACUCUGACGGAGAGGAAGUUGCUGCUUCUGAACGUGUCAAGCGUAUUAUUUCCACUGCCGCCUCACGCCACCGUGAAUAUCUCGGUUCGUACAGCGGAGAAGAGCUGUAUCAUCAGCAGGGGGAACCUAAAGGAGAAGAAAAAUGUCGCAUUAUGUGAAAGUGAAACAACGAGAGUGCAAAUCGUUGCAGUUCUGUUUGUUACAACUUAAGUUUGUAUCAUCGUCAAACAAUAACCCUAAUUUAACGGAAAGCAGUACGUUGUACUCAGUCCACAAUCACGAGCAUAUGCAGGAUUAACAUAGAAAAGAGAAGAAAACUUACUACCUAUAAAAGCUACAAUUAAAUACUAAUGAAAAUAACAUCAAUUGCAACAUUACUACUGUAUUGCUGAAAAAUCAUAUAGCAUAGACUAGGGAAGCGUACUACCGAAUAUAAUGCUUUCCGAAUAAACGAGCGAGUAAAAAAAGCAGAUCACUAUGCAGAUGUAUAACACCUCUUAUAGGAAACUACAAUAAUUUGUAUUUAAUUUGAGUAUCGAAUAGACAUACUAGAGAAGAACAGUAAUCGAAUGCCAUACCUGUUGUAGUAACAAUCAGAUGCAGUCAGUAAUCUGAAGUUCUAAUUGUAUUGUUCGUCCUUUUUGUCAUUUUAAGGAAACUGACCUUCCGCACUAACAGUGCAACAAUAACAAUUUCGUUACUUGAAUUAGUUGAUGAAAGGUUAAACCUACAUUGCAUUACAAUCAGUUUAGCUCACUAUCCCUCAUUUGGGAUAGAUGUCCGUCUAGCUUACGUCAGUUACGUUUUAGGUUCACUCGAUGAGCAUCGACGAAAAUCCAAAUAUGAAUAAAUAACAACUAAGGAAACAGUUUCCUGACCACGUGUCUUCUAUCCAUUUACCAACGUUAAUGUUCGAAAAACGUGCUCGUUACAAUUUGUGUCCGUUUUAUGUUUGAUAAUAUAAAUACAAUAAUUGCAUUUUCAACUAUUUGUGUAACGAUUGAGUAAGAAGAGGUUAUAUUUUUUAAAACAUAAGUACGCAAAGUUAAGUCGAGAUUUUUCUCGAUCAAACCAUUUAGGUAGCUUCUCCAGAGUUACAUUUUUAUUCGCUUAUAUAUGUUCUAAAUCAAGUACGUUUGUAGCAAUGUUAGAAAAAUACAUUGCAUCAUCCAGGUAAAGCUAAUAUUUUAUUUUUCAUUCGGUUAAAUAAACUGCCCAUUAUUCUGUACCAUUAUUAAAUCAGAGCAUUUUUGGAAAAUUUUAAAAUAAACACAUAGAAUCA